AGACAAACUGGAUCAUCAUUGUGAAGGUUGACAUUAAUCAUUAGUUCCUUGUCUCCAAUUUUCCACCUGAUACAUUCUACAUUGGUGUUACUGAAUCAUACUGUAACUUCAUCAAUAUGAAUCCUUCUGAUGGUGGAUUCAUUGAAACAGAUGAUGGCCACAGUUCAGCAAAGCCCACUUCAGGCACUCAGUCAAGAUCCAAGUCAAGAAAGUCGUUGCUGCUGGCCCUUCUCUGUACUCUGUUGAGUAACUCCAUGUUUACUGCAUCAAUGAACCAGCUUUUCGGAUAUUUCAUGGAAACAAGUAGGGAAAAAGUUGUAAGGAUGGCAUGGGUGAAACUUGUACCUCCUGUUGCAGUAGCCAGUGUGCCGUUUGCGAUUUCCAUGGCCAUCCUGGGUUCAAAUUACAUUGGAUACUUUAGUGAUCCUACUCUUGGCAUGUUUACUUCCGGUGCUGUCACUGCUGAUCAAGCCUCUUCAGGUCUAUUCAGGGUUAGUUGGCAAACUGUGUUGAAUGGUAUAUCGUGUCCCAAAGCACAGCAGGUGCUGCUGCUUCUGGCAGAAACCUACCAAGAAAGCUUGUUGCAUCUCAAGGCCAGGCCUUGUGGAGAAAUAAAACAAUCAUGCGAACCAACAUCAGUGGAAGGACAUUUUGAGCGAGAAGUGAUUCAGGUUUCAGUGAUCCGAGAUGAACAGAUCAUCGACACAGUUUUCACGGUUUCUCUGGUUUGCCUCGUCGUCAUCGCCUACAUCAACAUGGGCUCAACCCUGGAUCUAAGCAUAGUCAAGGCAAACUUGAAGCGACCGAAAGGACCAGCUGUCGGCUUGUUUUGUCAGUACAUAUUCAUGCCAUUGAUGUCAUUUGGGCUUGGAUACGUUUUCCUGAAAGAAGACACAGCUCUGAGACUGGCACUUAAUGUGAACCUUAGCGUCACAAUGACUUUUGUGUCAGCCAUUGUGUCAUUUGAUACGCUUACUGUUCUUGUGCUUCGCAAAAAAGUUUAUCUUCCGGAAAAACUUGCAAUGGACGGAUUUGACGAUCCUGGAGUGUUUUUCUCCGAUGUGCUGGGCGAGCAAGAACAAGCGGAGAGUGCUUCAACAGAAACUCUUCAGAAAACAAAGAAGCUCUUUAAAGAAUUUCUGCGGAAUUUCCAUGAGGGAAAUGCAGAAGGACACAAGUACAGAGAACAACUGUACAGGAAUUAUCAGCUUGGACAAUAUUGGAUCAAGGUGAACUUGGACGAUUUGAUGAACUUUGAAGAGGAGCUGUCGGUAAAGAUCCAGAAGCACCCUGCACAAUAUCUCGAACUGUUCGAGGAAGCUGCCACAGAAGUUGCAGACGAAGUUACUCAUCCGCGUUCUGAAGAUGAUGAUCCCUUAGUCAAGCCAAUUCAAGUACAGAUUACAUCGUCGAGCAUUUCUCAGUCCGUGAGAGACUUGAAAUCAGAUCAAGUCUCGAAACUUAUUAAAAUUCCGGGCAUAGUGGUUGCUGCGAGUGGUGUGAAAUCAAAGGCUACUAAAGUUUCGAUUCAAUGUCGUGGAUGUCGAGACAUCGUGCCGGAUAUUCAAGUCAAAGCUGGAAUGGAAGCAUUGAUUUUACCACGUAAAUGCCGAGCUGAGCAACCUGUCACAGGGGGACCCAGUUGCCCGUUAGAUCCGUACUUCAUCCUGCCCAACAAGUGCAAAUGUGUGGAUUAUCAAAUGUUGAAACUUCAAGAAGCUCCUGAAUGCGUCCCUUACGGAGAAAUGCCUCGUCACUUGCAGCUGUAUUGUGACCGAGACUUGUGUGAGCGCGCUGUUCCUGGAAAUCGCGUCACAGUCAUGGGAAUCUAUUCAAUUCGCAAGGCAAACCAGGUUAAACAAGGAAAGAAAAUUGGGGGGAAAAGCGGUGGAGUUGGCAUUCGUCCUGCGUAUAUUCGCAUCGUCGGAAUGGAGGUCGCCUCGGAAGGGCCCGGAAGAUCCGUCGUUUCCAUGUCAUUCACACGCGAAGAGAUAAAGGAAUUCGAGCUUGUUGCCAAUUCGAACGACUGCUAUGAACGAAUCGUUAAUAGCAUUGCUCCCAGUAUUUUCGGCUCUGUUGAUGUAAAAAAAGCCAUCGCGUGCUUGUUGUUCGGGGGUUCUCGGAAGAGGCUCCCGGACGGUUUGUAUCGCCGAGGAGACAUCAACGUUUUGCUUCUUGGAGACCCUGGAACAGCGAAAUCUCAGCUCUUGAAGUUUGUCGAACAAGUUGCCCCAAUUGGUGUUUACACCUCAGGGAAAGGGUCGUCUGCUGCUGGUUUGACCGCGGCUGUUGUCCGGGACCCAGUUACCAGAAAUUUCGUUAUGGAAGGUGGAGCUAUGGUCCUCGGAGAUGGCGGUGUGGUUUGCAUUGAUGAAUUUGACAAAAUGCGAGAAGAUGAUCGUGUGGCGAUUCACGAAGCCAUGGAGCAGCAGACGAUUUCAAUUGCAAAAGCCGGAAUCACAACUACACUGAAUUCACGUUGCUCUGUGUUGGCUGCAGCCAACUCCGUUUUCGGACGUUGGGACGACACGAAAGGAGAUGAAAACAUCGAUUUCAUGCCUACGAUUUUAUCUCGUUUUGAUAUGAUCUUCUUGGUGAAAGAUGAUCAUUCGGCUGAAAAAGAUAAGAGAAUGGCAAAACACGUGAUGAAUAUACACAUGAACGCUGCUCAAAUGGAUAAUACGGUCGAAGGUGAACUGACGCUGAGUUUCUUGAAGAAGUACAUCGCUUAUUGCAGAUCGCACUGUUUCCCUCGAUUGAGUCAACCGGCUGCGGAAAAGCUGAAAAACCGCUACGUUUUGAUGCGGUCUGGAAACCGUGAAAACGAGCGUUUAGCGGAUAAGCAUCUCGCUAUCCCCAUCACUGUUCGUCAAUUGGAAGCCAUCAUUAGGAUGAGCGAGUCGCUUGCCAGAAUGCAACUACAUAGCGAGGCGACGGAAGUGCAUGUGGAAGAAGCACUGCGGUUGUUCCAGGUGUCGACGCUCGAAGCUGCCAAUUCUGGAAGUCUAGCUGGUGUGGAGGGCUUCACUUCAGAUGCUGAUCACGAAAUGCUGACGAGGGUUGAGCUUCAGUUGAAGCGUCGUUUCCCUGUCGGGGCGCAGAUAUCUGAACAUGCUAUCGUUCAAGACUUCUUGAAGCAGUACGAUUGCUCCUCGGAAAUGAUCGAUCCGAGUAGCUCGGAAGAGGACAGUGAUGACGAUGUCCCGUCAGAAGCGCCGUCCCAUCGCGCGUUUGCCAAUCGGCAUGCUGCCACGAAUUUGGGAGUUCCCCCCGGCGGCCCGUUAUCCGCACAUCAUAGGGCGGUUUCACCAGCGAGUACGACAUCCUUUGAAACAACAGCUGCAAAUGGUAGCGCGGGAAUGGCGUCCCUUGCACCUCCAGGUCCAGCAGUGGUACAAGGCGCAUCAACCACGGGACCCCCGGGGAUUGCAGCCAAUGCUAAGCCUGUGACUCCCGUUCAACGAGCGAUGUCUCCCUCACCUUCGCUUGCGUCUGACAAAGGACCCAUUGAGGAUCCCCAGGUAUUGGUCGACGAAGUCGUGUUCUAUCGCGAGCGUCAAGAGAAAGAAGAGGAAGAACGGAAGAUGCGAUUGCAACUUUAUGUUCUCGUUUGUCGAUGCUGUGCCUAUCCGUUCAACGCAAAGCAACCGGUAGACAUGACCAAACGGCAGCCGAAAGUUACUUCUUCUCAGCUAGAUACCAUUCAGAUGAAGUUUCAGAGUUUUAUGAAAGGCGAGACGCAAAUUGCGUCGGAUGAGGCCUUCCAGAAUGCGAUUCAGAGUUACUUUGAAGUGUUCGUCAAGUCCGAUAGGGUAGCAAAAAUGGUGCAAGUGGGUGCUUUUUCCAGCGUUGACUUCCGCGAAGUGUUCCGCCAUAAUGUUGAGAAAAGAGUCCGAUCACUUCCGGAGAUUGACGGUGUAAGCAAGGAGACCGUUCUUGCUUCUUGGCUGGCCAAAUUUGAUGCGAUUAUGAAAACUGAAGACGAUUCCCGCAAAACUAGUCGCCAGCAGAAGGAAGCUCUGAAUAGCGAAUCAAUCAUGGCAAAGGAACAAUUGUACGAUGUUUUCCAGAAGAUUUUAGGUGUCAAGCUUUUCGAACACCAACUUCUCUACAACGCCCUUCAGCUGGAUAAUUCGGACGAGCAAGCUGCUGCCAUCCGACGUGAACUAGACGGGCGAAUGCAGAAAGUCAUGGAAAUGGAGCGAAAUCGGAAGUUGAUGCCUAGAUUCAUUGUAAAGGAGAUGGAAUCCUUAUACAUUGAAGACUGCAAGGGCGCCAUUAACACCUUGAUGGCAAACCUGGAAUCAUUGCCUGUUACGAAAGGUUCCACUGAAUCCAAACCGUUCAAGCCCUUCAAACGUGGGCACCAGAAAAACCAGCCGUCGAUUACUUCUGGACUGGGUGGCGAUUCCUGUGAUGCUGAAGUGCAGUUGUGUAAGGCAGACGUUGUUCUAUCCUUCACUCUUGAGGUUACUGUUUUGGAAGUGAAAGGCUUGAAAAGUCUCGCGGCCAAUCGAGUCGUUUACUGCACGAUGGAAGUUGAAGGAGGCGAAAAACUGCAGACGGAUCAGGCGGAAGCCGGUCGUCCGAUGUGGGAUACUCAGGGGGACUUCACAACUACGCAUCCACUUCCCGCAGUGAAAAUUAAAUUGUACACGGAAAAUGCCCGUAUGUUGGCUCUGGAAGACAAGGAAUUGGGGAAAGUUGUCCUUCGCCCGACACCUUACUCCACAAAGGCUUCCGAGUGGUACAAGAUGACCGUGUCGAAGAGUGCAGCCGACCAGGACUUGCGGAUUAAAGUCGCUUGUCGGAUGGACCGUCCGCUGAAUCUGAAACACAGCGGCUGGCUGUUCGCUUACGGGAAAGGCGUGUGGAAGAAGUGGAAGAAACGUUAUUUUGCCCUCAUUCAAGUCUCCCAGUAUACUUUUGCCAUGUGUUCGUAUCACGAGAAGAAGAGCGAGCCGACCGAAAUGAUGCAGCUUGACGGGUACACCGUCGACUACAUGGAGCGUGAAAGCGACCUGGAAGGCGGACAGUAUUUUUUUCACGCGCUGAAGGAAGGCGAUUCCGUUCUGUUUGCUUGUGACGAUGAGAAUGAAUCGCACCUGUGGGUCAUGGCAUUGUAUCGGGCGACUGGUCAGAGCCAUAAACCGAGCCCGCCAACUCCGGCGGCGUCGAAAAGCACUGCUAUCUCCAAAAUUCAAGGAGAUGCUGAUCGAGCGAGGAAGCACGGAAUGGAGGAGUUCAUUUCGGCAGACCCGUGUAAAAUGAGCCACCACGCUCUGUUCCAAAUCCUGCAAAUGAAAGCGCUGGUGUAUCGUCUCAACGAUCCCUUCUGCUCACUCGGCUGGUUCAGCCCUGGCCAAGUGUUCGUGCUGGAGGAAUACUGCGCACGAUACGGAGUGCGCGGCUGCUUUCGACACUUGUGCUACCUUCAAGACCUGCUCGAUCAUGCCGAGAAAGGAAUGAUGAUCGACCCUCAACUCAUCCAUUACUCUUACGCCUUCUGUGCCUCUCACGUCCACGGCAACAUGCCGGACAAAGUAAUGACUGUGACGCACGAGGAACGCGAUCGAUUCCUUGACGUCAAAGAGCGGCUGCGUAUAAUGUUGGAACGACAGAUCACCAAUUUUCGGUAUUGCUUUCCUUUCGGGAGGCCAGAAGGUGCCUUGAAGGCUACUCUGUCCCUUCUGGAACGGGUGCUUAUGAAAGAUAUUGCGACUCCCGCACCACAGGAAGAGGUGCGAGCAGUGAUAAAGAAAUGCUUGGAAAGUGCUGCUUUGGUCAACUACACCAAAUUGUCGGAGGAGGCGAAAAUCGAAGGUGGCGAUACCACCGUUCAAGAAGAUUUCAGCGGAGAUAUUCAAGUUUCGCCGGCGAAAAAGCUGGAUGAUUUGAUACAUCUCGCAGAGCUCUGCGUUGUGCUGCUGCAGCACAAUGAUGAAUAUUACGCUGAGUCCUUCGCCUGGUUCAGCGAUUUGCUCGUGGAACACUCGGAGAUUUUCUGGUCUCUGUUCGGCGUUGACAUGGACCAAGUUCUGAGUGAACAGCCACCGGAUACGUGGGAUUCCUUUCCCUUGUUUCAAAUUCUCAACGACUAUCUUCGCGGCGACGAUAAUUUAAGAAAUGGCAGAUUCCAUGCCCAUCUUCGCGAAGUAUUCGCUCCGCAAGUUAUCCGUUACGUUGAUCUGAUGGAAUCAUCGAUUGCGCAGUCCUUGAACAAGGGCUUCGAGAAAGAAAAGUGGGACCUGAAAGGGAAUGGAUGCCCUACCAGUGAGGACCUUUUCUGGAAAUUGGAAGCGCUGCAGUCAUUCAUUCGAGACCUGAACUGGCCUGACCCGGAGUUCGCGCGACAUUUGGAUUCGCGUCUUAAGGGAAUGGCUGCCAACAUGAUCGAAUCUUGUGUUCAGAGGACGGAGAACGCAUUUUCACAGUGGAUCAAAAAGGGUGUGACGUUCAACUCGACCGACUACAUCAUUCCACAAGAAAUGUGUGCCAUGGUGAACGUUAUCCUGGACGCGAAGAAUCAAGCUUUCAAGCUGUGUGCUAUGGAUGGGCAAACUUUUCACAACAAGAUGGAUGGUGUUAUUGAAUCCGCCUUGAUCUCAGUCACCGAACAACUUUCAGCCAAAUUCCUCUCAGUGCUCGAAAAUACUCUCGCGAAACUUGGCCGAUACGACGAGGGAUCCUUCAUCGGCUCCAUUCUUUCCUUCACCUAUCGACAAAACGUGAGCGGCAGCGGUAAGGAAAGCGGCCAAGCGUACAUCAACUUUGCGCGAAAUCAGAUGGAUCAGAUGCGAUCGAAAAUCACUGAUGAACUCUGGAUCCUCAAUUUCUCGGAGAACUGGUAUCUGCAGCAAGUCGACAUGCUGAACACGUGGUUAUCGGAGAGAUUGGACCAUUCGCUGCAUCCGUACCAGUGUAUGUGCUUGGCAGUUAUUGUCAAGAAAAUGUACACUGACUUCGAGCUACAAGGUGUGAUGGAGGACAAACUGAAUACACCCACGUACAAAACAAUUGCAUCUCGAAUGCAAACGGAGGAAGCCACGUGCGCUCUGACUGAAGGCAGUCGGAAGGACGACGAAGGAGAGGAAGGUUUCAACGACCUGGUCGACGACGAAGAUGAAGACGGAGCUGCGGCGGCGGCCAAGCGUCGCGGAACUUCCGCCGGACCUAUGAAGGUGAACCUGAAGGAAACCCUGAGCGAGAUGCAGUCGGGGGAUGUUGUUGGCAAGAUUGGGAAUGUUGCACAGAACGUUACUAAGGGACUGGGCAAGUCCAUCGGCGGGUUUGCCAGCAAACUCGGAGGCGGUGGCUGGUUCUAAAUAGAUUUUUGUGUGUAUUUCUCCUGCGUGAACCUCCGAUUCCGAUUAUUUCAGAAUUGACUUUCAUUUCGUUCUAUAAUUGCCAAUGAUCACCGAGAUAUUCUUUCGGUGGGUUUCGCAUUGAUAAUGGAUCGGUGUUCUUGGAGAAUGAAAGAGGGUUGAGUUCGGAGCUGGAUUUCGUGGUCCAGGUUCCAGCUUCGGACUUUUCCGAUGUUGAGCCAUUUUCUAAUAUUUUUCCAGUCUUACGUAUGUUAUUUAUGGCCAACUUUCGUCGCUGUUCAUGAGACUGAUUGAGUUCAAUUAGUUUUUGUGGGGAAUCAAUUGCAAGAACGAAGAAAAAGCUUUGUUCGGUUUUAUUUGAGUAAAAACAUCUAGUCAGGUUUCAUUGUAGUGCCUGUAACGUGUGUCUUUCAGACGUCAGGCCUGUGAAUAUUGCAUUUGCUCGUUUCCCAAGAAUUAACAGCACAAUCUGUCGAUCUGAAUAGCGAUUGAGAGUUGAUUUUUUCAUUACCUGACAACAGUUUUUAUGAAUCGGAGGCCGUUUCAUUUCUCAAGUCGUUCCUCGCGAUAUUUUUUUUUCAUGUGUGAACGAAGUACCGAUCCUUGCAUGAUGAGCGAACAGAAGUCGUUUUUACGGACUUUAUUAUGUGAUCGCUUGCGUCGAUUUGAUAUACUAAGAAGUUGUUUCUCGCAUUUCAAGGAAAAAAAAGUGGAAAGGAGAAAAUUGUAAAAGUUUUUCCUGCUUUUUCUUUUGUGAGUGUUAUUGCCGUCGCACUCGUUGUUGAAGGAGCAUUCUCCGGCGUUUUUUCUUGCGGAACAUUUUCGAAAAAUUCCGCGUAACUUCCUGGAUCUUGCUUGGGUUCGUUCCGUGUCCAGUCCGGCUUGCGUGUGUGGAUUAUUCGAUUGUUGAGAAGGGUUCUCAGCAUUUGAGGGAGUGUUACGGGCUUGCUUACGCCAUGGGUGAUGAAUUUAGAGGAAAUGGGAUAUUUGCAUAGGUUUUUUUGUUCUCGGUUCUUUUCUGAUUCACGUCCGCUAUUUGUCUUUGCCAUUCUGCCUCAUGCCGAUGGGUUGAAUUAUAAGGGCAUCCGUUGAAUUGCCCGUCUGGACUUUUCCUCA